AGCUGAAAGAGACCUCAGUCAAUCUGCUUCCUCCGUCUUCGCUUCACUGCAUACAGGAAAUCUAUUGCUGUGUCAAGUUCCAGAGAAGAGUUUCUUCUGUUCCAACUUACGAAUCAGCCUGAGACACAGAGUGGAAGGAGGAGGUUGGUAGAAAGGGAGUGUCCUGCUGUGGAUGGGCUAAGAGGAUCCAGCCCCGAGCCGCUCACCAGGGAGAGCCCCACCAUGUCCAGAGCUCCUUUCAUACCUGUGUGGAGGCAAAGUACCAAGUAAAGGCAGAAUACAAGAAAUCGGCAAUGCCCUGCACUAGGAGAACUCCUAAACCACGGCUUCUACCGAUUUUGACUGUCUACUUAGCCCUCGAGUGCAUACGUGCAGGAGUGGGAAGUUCUGGGACACCAGGGAACUCAACGAAGCAACAAACAGCUUCAACACAUAGUUCAUCUGUGAAAGGAAAGGAGAGAAGCCUCACACCUCCUGCAGAAGCUAACUCUUCUCUGUCCGUACUUGUGGAUACAAAGGCUGUGCUCCUUUGUCCUCCUGACAACUCCACAGCUUUGCUGGUAACAUGGACAAUAAGCCCCAGAGACCAGCCUCCCUGCACUAGAGUCCACAGGAGAGACAACAAUGAGACCAGUGAAAGAAACUGUACUGAUGCGAGAAUAUCCUGGGAGUCCAGACCUGAUCAGAAUCCUGCCCUUCAGAUUGACCCCGUGGCCCUCACUCAUGAUGGAUAUUACAGGUGUGAAGUGGCUGCAGAUGAUGGGCUUUUUGGUCAUACAUAUUACCUCCGAGUGUUAGUGCCCCCCAAGGUGACCCUGUUUCGAGACAGCAAUGGAACCAUCGUGUGCAGGGCAGCUGCAGGGAAGCCAUCUGCACAGAUCUUCUGGACCCCAGAGGGAGAUUGUCACACUGAGGAAGAACCCCUGGGCAAUGGUACAGUGACCGUCAAGAGUACAUGCCACUGGGAGGGCCGCCAGGUGUCUAAAGUGUCCUGCUCUGUCUCCCAUGUGACUGGCAACAAGAACUUGAACUUCACCUUGAAUCAAGGUGUCAUAACUCUGGAAUUUCCAGCAUCAGACUUACUGAUCAUUCUCUAUGUGAAAUUCUCUCUGUUCUUGGUUAUCCUGGUCACCGUGGGAUUCAUCUACUUCAAGAAAGCAAAUGAUUGCAGUGCAUGAAAAUUGAAAAAUCUGGAAGUCAAUUUAGAUUUGAUGAAGCAUCAUGAAGAUCAGACCUGGGGUUUAGCGUCUAACUCAACUGCUCCUGUUACUAUUUGCUACCUUUGUGUUUAUGUGAAUCACUAUGAUAGCUGUAAAAUCCUGUUUCAAACUCUUAGCAAACAUGUAUUUAUAUAUAAGCCAAGGCUUGCUGCCUGCCAUUAUAAAUGCCUGCGAUGACUCAUCUACCUUCCCCUUCGCCUUACUGAGUUCUUAUUUGCAAACAAGAAAUAGCCCAGCUUCUUAGCCUAAAGAGGAAGAUGGCUCAGGAAAUGGCAAAUUACAAUGCUUUGCAGUUUUUCUACACCCCUUUGGGUUCUUUGGAUAGUGCUUUCAUCCUUGUUUCUUGUUUCCUCUUGUUUCCUCUGCCCUUUUAAAAUGCUAAAUAACGUUGCAAUGUCAGAAGCUACUACAAACACUGCCUUCUGGUUGACCUGUAGCCAACUUCCCAUCCUUUUCUGGCUUGCUAGCAAUUAGUACAUGUUUGGCCUGAUUAUUGAAAAAAUGGCCAGAAGUCAUUUUUAGUAGUACCUUUACUGCUGAAGGAAUUUUAAGUGGAUCCUAAAUAAAGAGCUCUUAGAGUCA